GUAGACGUCAUAGUUUUUUUGUCGCAUUCUGCUGGAAGAAGUGUCUGGCGCGUGAAGGAGGAUAAAACACAAGUUUUCUGGUUGUUAAACUAUACAGAACAUUGUAAAAACAGUCAGGUCUCAAGAUGGCCGAAGAUUUGGACUUGGUCGAAGCCAUGUUGGAAGCUCCAUAUCGAAAAGACGAUGACGUGAAUUUUUCAUCGCCAAGUAGAGUACAGAAUGGAAAGGACAAGGAGAAUAAGCGGGGAAGGAGCCAUUCGAGGGCUGGAGCAGGAGAGCACGGUGUGGAAAAGGAUAGGUCGCGUAGGAAAUCCCGGGAGAGGAAUCGUUCGCGCGAGAAGCGUCGCAGGAGUCGGUCGAAGGAGAAGGAGAAAGAGAGGGAAAAGGAGAAACGCAGGAGUAGAUCGAGAGAUCGAAUUGAACGGAUUGAACGUCGUCGCCGGAGUCGAUCACGUGAGCGUCGUCGUUCGCGUUCUAAAGGCAAAAAGCGCAGUCGUUCGCGUGAGAGACGCCGUACUCGAUCUAGAGAUAGGCGUCGCAGCCGAUCACCGAUCAGAAGACGAAGAUCACCAUCUCCUAGGCACUUUCGACGAGGAAGGACACCACCAAAUGGCUUGGGGCAUCAUUCACCGCCUGAAGAUCUGAGCCCUGAAGAGCGCGAUGCCAGGACCGUUUUCUGCAUGCAGCUGUCACAACGAAUUCGUGCCAGGGACCUGGAGGAGUUCUUCUCGAGUGUCGGAAAAGUGCGAGAUGUGCGUCUGAUCACCUGCAACAAAACAAAACGAUUCAAGGGGAUCGCCUACAUCGAAUUUAGAGAUCCAGAAUCUGUUCCACUGGCUUUGGGACUUUCAGGACAGAAACUUCUGGGUAUUCCUAUAAGUGUGCAACAUACGCAGGCUGAGAAAAAUCGCCUGGCAAAUACUGUUCCUGCGAUUCUGCCGAAGAAUCCUUCGGGUCCGAUGCGUCUCUAUGUUGGCUCGUUGCAUUUCAACAUAACCGAAGAUAUGUUGCGUGGUAUUUUUGAGCCUUUCGGCAAAAUAGACUCCAUCCAGUUGAUAAUGGACAAUGAGACGGGAAGGUCAAAGGGUUAUGGCUUUAUAACCUUCCACAAUGCCGAAGAUGCUAAGAAGGCACUUGAGCAGUUGAAUGGUUUUGAAUUGGCGGGGAGACCGAUGAAGGUGGGCAAUGUCACAGAGCGCCUGGAUAUGAAUACCAAUACAUCCCUGGAUACAGAUGAGAUGGACAGGAGUGGGAUUGAUUUGGGGGCAACGGGGCGGUUGCAGUUGAUGUUUAAGUUGGCCGAAGGAGCAGGAUUGGCAGUGCCACAGGCAGCGGCAAAUGCUCUUCUGGCCACAGCACCUCAACAGCCACCGACACAGCCGACAUCAGCAGCUCCGCCAAUUGCUACGCAGUGCUUUAUGCUGAGCAAUAUGUUCGAUCCGACCAGUGAAUCGAAUCCGGCAUGGGCACAAGAGAUUCAGGAUGAUGUGAUUGAGGAGGCAAAUAAGCACGGGGGAUGUUAUCAUGUGUUUGUGGAUAAAUUGUCGCCGCAGGGGAAUGUUUAUGUAAAGUGUCCGAGCAUUGCGACGGCCGUCUUGGCGGUCAAUUCACUCCAUGGACGAUGGUUUGCCGGACGAGCCAUAACAGCUGCCUACGUUCCACUUCUCAAUUAUCAUACACUCUUUCCGGACUCAGUUACAGCAGCAAAUCUUCUGAUGCCAUCGAGAAAGGGUUAGGCUUACCCUUUAUUUUCUGCCCAAAAAAAAAAAAGAAAAUCACCAGGUAAUUUAAGAAAAAAACAAAACUUACCCAAAAACAAAAGAAUCAAUUCACAAUAAAAAAAACUUCGUUGUGAUGGAAAUUGUCCAAGUAAAAAUUUUCUGUUGAUGAUUUUUUCUAAUGCAAAAAAAUUCCACUGAACAAAAAUUGCAAAUAGUUUUUUUUCUUCAAACAAGUGAAAUAUUGCGCAAUUGAGAGAGAAUUAACAAAAAAAAAAUAAGAGAGAACUUCUGUAUGACUUUUUAUAAAAGUUUUAGAAAUUUCACAAAUAAAAGUAUGAUAAUGAUUUUUUUUUGAGUUGUCCGAAAGAGAGAGGUAGAUGCUGUUUAUGUGAGUGCACUCAAAAGGAAUUAUCAUUAUUUUCUUGUGUAGCAUAUAGAAUUGUAGGGGUAUCAAUAAAAUUAUGAGAAAAUAUGGAGAAA